UGUUACACUGCAAUGUUACUGCAAUAUUUCAUUGCAAUAUUGCUGCAAGCGGACAUUUUACUUUUGCUGCAAGAUUGCAGCAACAUUUCGCAUCGUUUCUGCAAUGUUGCAAUCUUGCAAAACAACGUUGCUGCAAUGUUGCUACAACGGUGCUGUGCUGUAUGGGAUGUGUUGUAUUAUUUAUCUCCUUAACUAUUAUCCUUACUUAUUCCGUUUAAAUCCAUAAUGAUUUUUUAAAUAUAUUUUUUUAAUUCAAUGAGGCUCGAUUGCUGUCGUAAAUGGUCGAUAAACGGUCAAUAAAUUGUCAUAAUGAUCACAAAGUUUAUUGCACUCAUCAACUGGGAGCACUGCAAAUAUCAUUAUUAACAAUUUAACGAUUUUUUUCGGCAAUCUCUGCAUUAUCAUCCGAAUAAGGAUAGGCAACCUGUCAUACUGACCUAUAUAUUUUGAUGUUACACUCUGUAUACACAUUGGAUACAAGAAUUUCUUCUGGUACGAAAGUUCUAAAAGUGAUUUUGAAUAUAUAAUAAAAUAAGCUGGAGGAUAUCCGGCGAUGAUGACCCACAUUUCCUAUGCAAACAUAACUGUCACGACUAGUAAGAGAACGUAAUUUGAUAUAAUUGCCUUACUUAUGACGAUAUCUGCCAAACACACUUUCUCGAAACUAGACAUGGGGGCGACCCGCAGCUUUUUUAAUUUCGCCCAAGAACCUACACUGUCACCUCGGUGUCACCUCAUUUUCGUUCCGAUCACGACACGGUAACAAUGGGCUCCCUCAUUAUCAUUUUGACGGCCGUCGCCGUAUGUUGCACUGGUAAACCAUUAUUCGACAUUCGAAUAAACGAACUUUUACAUCGGUUUCUAUAUCGCUCUGUGAACUUUCGAUUAACCCGGAAGAGGAUACCUUUGAUUUUCCUUGUUCUUGUUGCAGAGACGUGUUGUGACAUGCCGCCAGCUACGAGCAUCGUUAAACCUGCUGACACAGUCCUUUUUAAGAUCAAUCAUGUGAACAAAUCUCCCCAACGAGGACCCUUCUUGAGAGAUAUAUCUCAACAAAUAAAAAUGUGGGAAAUAGGGAAAGAAGAAAUAGGGGAUCUGCGCAAAAUUGGGAACUCGCGAAACUGGAAUGUAGCAACGAACGUGACUACUACGAAUAGCGAACCAAAAAAUAGAAAAGCAAGAUUACUAGGGAGUUUAGCUUUUUUGGCUGGCCUUGGUUUUGGUGGCUUAGCCACUGCAGCAUCUUCCACAGUGAAAAGUUUCGUUAAGGUGCCACAGACGUCUGUCGCAUUCAAUUUAAGUCCUACGAAAAACUCACCUUACCUCGCCGCCUAUUACAAUCCCUUUUCCUUCGUGCCUCCGUACCCAUUUUUUUAUCACUCUCCGUUCGGACUUGUACCAACUAGCGAUCUUUCAACUCAGACGAUGUCGCACCUGACACCACAAGUGAUCAGUAUAUUUAGCAAUAAACAGACGGACAAUGUUGCUGGGAGCAACGAGGAGUACGCGGACGCGGAGAAUCUCAACAAUGACAAAAGCAUGGCUGACAGCGAAGAUGGGGUUAACUAUCGGACGGAAUUACAUGCCGUAGCCAAUCGGAACGCGGAAGAAAAGAUGGAGUUAGAUGACUGCAAGGAUGGUCAAAGGAAGUAUAGCAGUUCCUUCAAGGGAUCGUCCAAAGAGCUCGAAGCGAAUACCAACGGCCCGACAACAAGCUCGGGAGCUACGGAAAUGACCGCUGACGCGAAUCAGACCAUGACUAAAAAUAAAAAUAAGACUACAAUAACAACACCACCACCUGUAGAGCCCGACCGAAUGCAUCAUCAUUAUCAUCAUCAUCACCAUCAUCAUCCAGAUCCGAACAACAACACUCAUACUAUACAUUCGUACUUUCCAGGAUAUUAUGACGGGUAUGCGCAGGAUAUAAGCCAUGUCGAUCUUACGACGGGUUCGGACGUGUCGCACCAUUAUCAGGAUCACGGUCAGAUCAAUUUGCCGCACGAGCGACCCGCUAACUUUUAUCACGAUGACGUACGCUCGAAUCAUCAUGUCGCUCCGUAUUUCCCAGGGUCCUUCUCAUCAAACCAAGUAAACGGAUACGUAAACACGGACUUUGACCAAGCGUCUUCCUCAGGAUAUCAAUCGCCGAAUGAUAAUGGCUUCAAACCCAUAUAAGUCUUAUAUUCUAUACACAAGUCUCUAUACACAUUUCAUAUUUACUACUACAUACUUAUUACUACAUAUUUAC